UCCCAUUCCUCUCUUGAGUUAUCAAUAUCUCUUCCACCAUUUCUUGGGUGAACCCCUUCCCCUAAUUCUCUUCAAAAUGAAUGUCCUAUUCCACGCUUUGCUUUGCAAGUCUCUUCUUCUUCUUCUUCUUCUUCAAAAUGGUACACCAGUGAUGAGCCUCACUAUCAAGAACUCAUCAAGAUGCAACCUUUAUCAAGGUAGUUGGGUCUAUGAUGAAUCAUACCCUCUUUACGACGCCGCAAAAUGCCCUCACAUCCGCCGUGAGUUCGACUGUCUGAAGUACGGCCGUCCGGAUAAAGACUACCUCAAGUACAGAUGGCAACCGACUUUCUGUAAUGUUCCAAGGUUUGAUGGGGAGGAGUUCUUGAAAAUGUGGAGUGGUAAGAUGAUAAUGUUCGUCGGAGAUUCUCUGAGUCUGAACCAGUGGCAAUCCUUGUUGUGCAUCCUGCAUGCGGCGGUGCCGGACGUGGUCACAUCAUCCUCAUCCUCUGGCCGGAACCCUAUUUCGUCCCUCACAUACAAGGGCUACAAUGUAACAGUGAUGUAUUAUAGAGCACCAUACUUGGUGGAUAUAAUCAACGAAAAAAUAGGAAGAGUUUUGAAGUUGGACUCCAUGCAAGCAGGCAACCAAUGGCUUCAAGCCAACCUUCUCAUCUUCAACACUUGGCAUUGGUGGCUUCGCAGUGGACAAUACCAACCAUGGGAUUUCAUUCAAGAUGGGAACAAGAUAUUGAAAGAUAUGAACCGCACCGUGGCUUUCUCAAAGGCAUUGACAACUUGGGCAAAAUGGGUGAACUCUUCUGUGAAUCCAAACACUACCAAAGUCUUCUUUCAAGGAGUCUCUCCCUCUCACUUUCAUGCCAAUGAAUGGGGUAAAUCCUUCAACAAGAGUUGUUACGGAGAGACUGAACCAGUGAAAGGACCAAGAUAUCCAGGAGGACCAGUUCCACAAGAGAAUACAAUCAAAGAUAUAUUGAAAACCAUAUCAAAACCCGUGUCUCUUUUGGACAUUACUUAUCUCUCUCAACUCAGAAAAGAUGCCCACCCUUCUUCAUAUAAUGGAAUUCACUUACGCUUGGACUGCAGCCAUUGGUGUGUUCCUGGUCUUCCUGAUAUAUGGAAUCAAUUGAUGUAUACAGCUCUCAAACUCAAUGGUUUCUGA